AUGGCAGGCGACCUGGGUCACCGGCUGUGGUUGCAGAUCUGGUAUUCUGACUACCUCAGAAGACCGGCUGGGCGUCCUGGGGAAUCAGCGCCAUCGUGCGGGCGGUCCACUCGGGCUGGCACCGACAGGGCGUCGUGGGGAAACAGCGCCACCGUGCGGGCGGUCCACUCGGGCUGGCACCGACAGGGCGUCCUGGGGAAACAGCGCCACCGUGCGGUGGUUCUCUGGGACUGCCGAGACUUCAUCAUCACCAUGAUCAAGGACAUCGUUAGCCCCCUCACAACUGAGAGAAACGCUCCUCCCACGCAUCUAGCCAACACCUUCGAGAGUGGAUUUGUCACAACGGGCCAGGUCCCCAUUUCAGGCCCUCACAACCCUGUCAUCUCUGACGUGACGGUGUUCACAUCUGGACUCCUCACCUUGGCCUCAGGGACCACCGCACCAACCCCUGUGACAAGCUACAGUUCCACCGAUAUCCGUGGCUCCACCGACACCCGUGGCGCCCUCCCAGAGCCCGGGAAGAGCACGAAGUCCCAGCCAGUGACCAUGUCUCCUAGCAAUGCGAGACCCUUCUCUGCUGACCCCGUGACCACCUCCACCGUGUCCGGACACCUGAGCAGCGGCUUGUCCACCACGGGGAUGUGGCACCAGUUACCCCCCAACAGGUCCCAGGAGACUUACCUCACUGUGGUGGUGGUGGUGCUGACAUUGCUUCUUGUGUCUGUGGUGUUGGUAAUGGGCUAUGGGUGUUGGAAGAAGAGGCACAUGGGAAGCUACAACUUGGGCAGCAACUCGGCCAAACCCUGGAAACACCUUCCCGAAGGACCAGAGACGCUGUGGAAGCCUGCUUGGUCUAAGAUAACUCAGUGAUCUGGGAAGCCGAUUCCAGUGGGUUCAGAGGCCAGAAGAGGACCAAAGACAGGCAAUGGUCCUGGGGCAGGAGGA